GCCUGUUGAUGAAAUGAAACUAAACAGCAGAGCUGAAUGUUGAGGACCUGAAGACACUUUCUCCUUAUACAUUUUUCUGAACACUUGCCAGUCCCCUGAACUCAGUCUUACUUUGGGAUUCAAGAGGGAAAAAAAGAUAAUUCAACAACACACAUCAUCUCAGGCAUGGCAUCCGCUAACAAUCCUCAGUCUGAAGUGCAGUUAAUAUGCAGUAUCUGUGAGGAGGUUCUCAAGAAACCAGUCACAACCCCAUGUGGGCACAACUUCUGCAUGGAUUGUAUCAGAGAAUACUGGAAAAACAAUGUCCUGUGCCAGUGUCCACAGUGCAAGGAGAAAUUCCCUAACAUAUCUGAGCUACAAGUCAAUACUCAAUUAUCUAAAAUGGUUGAUGAGUUCUGGAAUCCAUUUCUGGUAAAUAACACAAGCCCCCAGGACCAAUGCCUGGACUAUCCUAGAGAGGUGUCCCAUGAUAUCUGUGUUGGGAGGGAGGUCAAGGCUGUGAAUUCUUCUUUUGAGGCCUCUUACUGUGAGACUCCCCUGGAGCUCAAUCAGAGAGUCACAACCUUGAGGAGACAACAGCAUGUAGAGAAUCCUGAAGAACAUACGUGUGAGAGGCAUGGGAGAUGUCUGGAGUUCAAGACCGACUACAAUACCCACAACACUCUCCCUCUUAAAGUGGAAACCAGAAAGAAUAAUGUACAGUUAGGAAAGGCUGAAGUGCAGCAGAUGAUUCAGGGCAGACAGCAGAAGGUUAUUGAGAUCAGAAAUAGUCUACAAUCUAGCGGAAUAAAUGCAGGGCAAGAGGUAGAGAACAGUUGUCAGAUCUUUAGAGCUUUAAUGCGCUCCAUUGAAAGAAGCCAGGCUGAACUCAUUGAGGUGAUUUCGGAAAAGCAAAAGGAAACUAAAAGGCUGGCUGAAGGGCUCAUUAAAGAGCUGGAGCAGGAAAUCACUGACCUAAAACUCCUCCAGAGCUCACCAUCCCUGUGCACCUCUCCACCCACCAAGGACUGGUCUGCGAUCAGGGUUCAGAGUAUUGAGAAUGUUGGCAUGGUGAGGAAAGCUGUGAAGAGAGCUGGCUCUCAGUUUGAAGACGCACUGAAGAGUGAAUUGAAGAGGUUGUGUGAGGCUGAGCUCAAGGUUAUUCAGCAGUGGUCAGUGGAUGUAACUCUGGACCCUGAUACAGCUCAUCCCAAUCUCACUCUCUCUGAAGAUGUGAAACAACUUAGACAUCCCGGUAGACGACAAAACUACCCUGGCAAUCCAGAGAGGUUCUUCUAUUUUGCCAGCAUCCUGGGAAAGGAAGGCUACUCCUCAGGAAGAUUCUACUACGAGGUGCAGGUGAAGGGAAAUACUCUCUGGAGUGUAGGAGUGGCCAGAGAGUCCAUUAAAAGAACGAUUUAUGCAGCAAAGCCUGAGAAUGGACUCUGGACUAUCCAGCAGGGGAAAGGGAACGUCUACAGGGCCUGCACCACUGACCCUACCCCCCUCUCCCUGAGUGAGAAGCCCCAGAAGGUGGGGGUCUAUGUGGACUAUGAAGAUGGUGAGGUCUCCUUUUACAAUGCCCAGGCCAAGUCUCAUAUCUACUCAUUUACCGAUUGUUCCUUCACUGAGAAACUUUACCCGUACUUCAACCUUGGGGUUUGUGGCAUUGACAAAAUGUCAGCACCGUUGAUCAUCUCUCAUGUGAGCCAAUCAGAUUGAGAUUUAACUCGUAUCGAUUAAAUUCUAAAGUAAACUGAACAUUCCAUGCAUUGAUUUAUAUUGAAUAUUUAGAAAGGUACAGUAUAUAUUGUAUCUUACCAGGAAAUCUAGAAUCACAUUUGCUGGACUGUAUUGUGAUAUCCUUCACGAUUGUAUGAUGACAUACUGAAAAUGCAGCUCAUUACUAAUCCUGCCCCAAUAUGUCUCUGUAUCUAAUUUAUGUGGAUACUUGUGGAUACUUAAAAAAAAAAAAAUUAUGUGGAUACUCUGAAAUGUGCAUACUUUUUUCAAUGGCUUUUGUUAUUUGGGCAGGGCCUCAAAUAAUCUUCUGGGCUACAGCACAAUAAAAGCUUUGUGAACUCCUACAUAAUAUGAACAAGAAGUGUGAAUGUAUUAGAUACAUGGCAACCAUAAUACAUGGUUCAGCUGAGAGAGUCCUGUCAUGUGAAGGGUUAAUUCAGCCAUGUACUGUACCUUUAAGAGCAGCUGCAUUUCAGCUUAGCAGUAAGGGACCAGGACAAGCCAUGGUAAUGUCACCUUCUAAAAUGAGACUCGACUAGAGAACUUUGUGCUUUAGCAUGAAAAAAUCCCCUCACAAAUCUCUCUACACAGCCUAAUGGAGUACAAAAUAAAUUGUCUUUGACUUGCUGUUCUUCUGAAGACAGAGGUGAGUGGAGGUUCUUUCAUUUGUGCUGUGUUGUCUGUUGUGUUAGGUUGUUUAUUCAAGUUUCAACACGUGUCCCUCCCAGCCCAGUUAUAAAUAUAAUCAAGGGGAAGAAUACAGUUAUAUAUAUAUUUUUUAUUUUAUUGUAUUGUAUUUACUGUGUUAUACAGUAGGCUUGAUUUAGAGACAGAUUGAAUUUGAAAGGUGAGGAUGUCAUCACUGUCCCUUUUAAUUUCUUUAUCUGUUGGGCUGUAUUAGACUACUCAUCAUAUGUUUAUAAAUGCAUAUUUCUGAAUGAAAUAUAAAAUCAUGUGAUUGGUACCAUUGGC